AUGGACCCCUGGGCCCCUGCCUGGCUGCCCCAGCCAUGGGAGAGGCCAGCAGCCCGGGGGCUGUGGGGUGAAGCACACCAUGGUCCCCCACCACCACCCAGGCGGCAGCUCCUCCGUGCAGGACACCCACCUCGACCUGGAUCCUGGGAUGGAAGCCACCUCCCAGGCCACCACCCCUGGUGGGACACACGCAGACCCCCUUCCUGGGCUGAGCACUACGACAGCAGCCACCCCAAUGGGCUGUACCCCAGGCAAGGAUAUGAAGACCCCCACUGGCAGUACCCAACAGCCAGCUAUGGGGAUGACUACACCUACCAAAGCCACCAGUGGCAGCCGGUGGCCUGGCAGGAUUGCAGAGACCUGAGACAGGGAGAGCCUUACAGCAAGAGUACCAGUUACCAAGACCAGCACUACUACAGAGGUUACCACCCAAACCUGGCCACAACCCCCUCAGGGCAGGACAGGACAAAGACCUAUGACUCCUAUGAGGAGAGCUACAUCUCGGCUGCCAGGAGAGAGUGGGCAGGGGGAGAAACCCUCAGCAGCGAUUUGGGGGAGGCUGGUGGCCAGCCCCAAGAGCCCAGCCUGCUCCUGCAGUACCGUGAGUCGGGGCUCAGCUCCAGUGGCUACGAGCUCAGCCAAUACAUCCGUGAUGGUGCUGACCACUAUGACCCUGCGCUCGCAGGGACCUGGAGCCCAGCACAAGCAGGAGGACCCUUGGUGUCCACCCCAGCCCCGGUGGUACCCCUCAAGUUCCCGCUGCCACACACAGCAGUGUGCUUUGGAGCUGGAGGCCAGCUGGUGCUGGUGUGUCCCCAGUGCCCUGCCGAUGGGUGGCUGGCUCAUGUGGAGCUGCACAGCCUGGAGGUAAUCCUUCAUGAUACAAAAGAACUGGAGGAGCUACAGGCCUUCCCGGGGCCCUUGGCCAGGGAAGAUCUGCACAAGGUGGAUGUGAUGACAUUUUGCCAGCAGAAAAUAGCCACAAGCUGUGAUCUCUCAACACAGAGAGGCAGAGAUUCAUCUCUUCUCUGGAAACUCCUGGUCCUCCUCUGCCGGCAGAAUGGGUCCAUGGUGGGCUCGGAUGUGGCUGAGCUGCUGAUGCAAGACUGCAGGUGCCGGGAGAAGUACAAGAGGCAAAACCCUGCGGCAAACCUGAUCGGCCUGACGGAUGAUGAGUGGGUGUCACGUCAGCCAGGGACGCUGGACCUCAUCACGGGGGAGGUUCCUCCUGUUGUGGAGACUCAGGCACAGAUAGUGGAGAAGUUCACCAAGCUCCUCUACUAUGGCAGGAAGAAAGAUGCUCUGGUCUGGGCCAUGAGAAACCAGCUGUGGGGCCAUGCCCUCUUCCUCUCCAGCAAGAUGGACCCUCGGACCUACAGUUGGGUGCUCACUGGGUUCACCAGCACUCUGGCCACCAAUGACCCCCUGCAAACCCUCUUCCAGCUCAUGUCGGGAAGGAUCCCUCAGGCAGCACUGUGCUGUGGGGAUCCCACAUGGGGAGACUGGAGGCCCCAUCUGGCUGUGAUGUUAUCCAACAAGGUUGGAGACAUGGAGCUCAACCACCGGGCCAUCGUCAGCAUGGGAGACACUUUGGCUGGCAGGGGAGCCGUUGAAGCAGCUCAUUUCUGCUACCUGAUGGCAGAUAUUCCUUUUGGCUACUUCGGGGUGAAGGCAGAUCGCAUGGCUCUGCUGGGCAGCAGCCACCGUCAGGCAUUCGCCCAGUUUGCCAGGACAGAGGUCAUCCAGCGGAUGGAAAUCUUUGAGUACUGCCAGCAUCUACAACAGCCCAAAUCCUUCCUGCUCCCCUUCCAGGUGUACAAGCUCCUCUACGCCUCUCGCCUGGCUGACCACGGGCUCCCAGCCCAGGCCCUGCAGUACUGCGAGCAAAUUGCCACUGUGCUCCUGGGCCAGGAUCCAGCCAGCCACCCUGUCCUGGCCCAGCAAGUGAUGCAGCUAGCCGAGCGGCUGAAGCUCUCCGACCCGCUGCUCCUGGAGAUGCCAGAGCAGGACCAGACACUAGAGCCCGACUGGCUGGUAGAGCUCCGAGCCCGCUGCCGGGAGUGGGAGGUGGAAGAUAACCUACCUCUGGAGGUCGCACCCACUCAGCCAGGGCUCUCAUCGACAGCAGAUGGAGAGCCUGGCCAUGAGCUUUCACAGAGUGAAGGCUCCCAGUAUAACCAGUGGUACCAGCCCACACCACCCAAGGGACCCAGCUCCCAUGAGGACGUGUCUCUCCAGUCCCUGGCACCUGCUCAGGUGGCAGCAUCACCGAUGCUCGGCGUUCGGCAAGAGCUGCAGCCCCCUGUGCUCAGCCCAGGGAUGGCCACCCCUCCAGGAGGGGUUUCUGCUGAGUCCCCUCCACAGGUGGUGCCACCAGCAGGAGAAACUGGAGAGCCCUGGGACACCCCACUGUCCCCUGGGGGGGUGCAGGCAUCCCUCGCAGCAGAGCAGGAGGAGUUAAAGGCAAGGGCUCGGACCAUCUCAGAGAGCUCCACUGUCUCCUUGGAAGGUCGGCUGUCAUCUUCCUCAGAGAGUACAGCUGAAGACACGGCCGAUGAGCCGGCAUCAGAAGAGGUGGUGAAGCCAGGUGAAGAUAAGAGCUCUGGAUUCAGGUGGUUUGGCUGGUUUCGGUCAAAGCCCACCAAGGAAACAGCUUCUAAAGCUGCGUCUGAGAUGGACCCAGACUCCCCCACACCAGGACCACAGGAACAGAUGUCACCAUCCACACCUGCCACUCCUCUCAUAGCUGGGACAAGCCCUUUGGCUCAACCUCCAUCCAGAAACCCUGGAGGAAUGCAAAGUGAAAAUACCUUUCCUGUUACUCCAGUGUCCAUUGAGAUGAAAGGCUCAUGGGAUGCAGAUGGUGGGGAGUCAGGAGGAGAGAAGGUGAGGAGAGGAGGGAGGUGUAUUUAUACCGGCUCCCAUGAAUCUCCCCCACCGGUGGGGACAGUCCCACUCUUCAACCCUGUCCAGGUCUCUCAGUUGGCUGCUGCCUCUCGAACCAACCAACCCAAGUUGCUUUCCCAGCGUCGUUAUCCCAACCUGCUGUGA